GCUGCCUUGCCUUGCUCAUUCUCCAGCAGCAGCGCUUCCCUGCACUCUUCUUCUUCUUCUUCCUCCUCCUCCUCCUCCUCCUCGGCUCUGCCAGGGAUCCCAGGCUGACAGGGGCAGCCCCAGCAGUGAUGGACAUGAUGAUGUUGGUGCAGGGUGCUGCUGCUUGCUGCUCAAACCAGUGGCUGGCCGCUGUCAUCCUCAGUGUGUGCUGUCUGCUGCCCUCCUGCUUGCCCGGUGGACAGAGCAUGGACUACUCCGGGCCAGGAGUGGACAACCUGGUCGUCAAGCAAGGAGAGACAGCCACGCUUAGGUGCUUCUUGGAAGAAGAGCCAUCAAAGGGAGCCUGGUUGAAUCGCUCCAGUAUUAUUUUUGCGGGGAAUGACAAGUGGUCCGUGGACCCCAGAGUUUCAAUAGCAACAACAAACAAAAAGGAAUACAGUCUGCGGAUACAGAAGGUGGACAUUUUUGAUGACGGGCUGUAUAUCUGCACAGUACAGACUGAACAUAGUCCUAGGUCAAAGAAUUUUCAUCUCACAGUCCAGGUUUCUCCGAAGAUCUACGACAUCUCCCCCAACAUGGUUGUCAAUGAAGGAACGAACGUAUCACUCACGUGUUUGGCCAGUGGAAAACCGGAGCCUUCAAUACUGUGGAAACAUAUCUCGCCAUCAGCCAAGCCAUUUGGAAGUGGACAAUACUUAGAUAUUUAUGGCAUUACGAGAGAUCAGGCUGGCGAGUACGAGUGCCUGGCAGAAAACACCGUGCCCUUUCCAGACGUGAAGAAAGUGAAUAUCAUUGUAAACUUUGCACCAACCAUUCUUGAAAUAACACCCUCCGGGGUUUCCCUUGGUAAAACAGGACUAAUCAGAUGUGAAACGGCAUCCGUCCCGACUCCGUCAUUCGAGUGGUACAAAGGAGAUAAGAAGCUCGCAAAUGGACAGAGAGGCAUCCUCAUCAAGAAUUACAACACCCGAUCCAUCCUCCACGUUUCUAAUGUCACAGAAGAGCACUUCGGCAAUUACACAUGUGUAGCCAUAAACAAGCUGGGAACGAGUAACGCCAGCCUGCCCCUGAACCAAAUUAUUGAAACUUCUACUUCUAGUCCUGUCACCAGCUCAGCUCCAAGCACAGCCCAGUACGGCAUCACUGGAAGGGCAGAAAUCCUCUUCUCUUGUUGGUACCUGGUUUUAACACUUUCCUCAUUCACAAGCAUAAUCUACCUGAAGAACGUCGUUAUACAAUAAUCCUACCGAACCACAACAAGGCUUUAAAGAUCUCUGCAAAAUGGCUGACGACGGGAUGCGAUCUGGUGCCGUUUGUCUGGCGCAGUGUGGGAUAUAGCCAGCAGUACGUACGUGGGGGAAAUGAUCGGCUUCUUUAGAAUUGUUUCCUUUUUUUUGUUUUGUUUCUUUUUGUAAAUACUUUCCUUCUCUUUUUUUUUUUGAUUAGCUGCAUUACGUUGUGACGCAGUACACAUUGUCUUUUUUUUUAAGAAAAAAAAACAAAAAAACUAUAAUGUGACAGCUCUGAAAUUACUUUUAGAGGAUAUCAAUUGUGACUUGUUUGUAAAUUCACAAGUUUUCCAAAAAAAAUAAAAAAAGAGUCUGUUGACCGUAGGUGCGGGAUAUGGUUUACAAAAAUGAGCAAAAAACUAACAAAACAACAACAACUCUACCCCUUAAAAUAAUUUUAAAAAAGUCAAGAGAAUAUCAUUGUGGCAACUUCUAGGCUUCGAAGCUCCAAGGCACGUGCUCUGUUGCCUUUCGAAAUAAGAGUUUGAACUCGUGCGUAUCAAACAUUUUCCAUUUUUGUUACAAAAAUAUUGCCUUCAAAAGAUUCCACCAGUUACAUUUAGCUAGAUCGACUGCAAGAUACAGUAUUAUACAAAAAAAUAAAAUACGCGAAAAAAAAACUGCAUGGAGCAGUUCAAUUUAUACCUGUAUGUCUCGCAUGGGUGUGCCUUCAUAAAGUUUUAUUAUUAUUAUUAUAAUUUUUUUUUUUUUAUUCAGAUGGGGGUUUUAUUAGCUUAAGGGGUGAUUCAGUCUAUAUAAAUAUAUAUAUAAAAAUUGUUGAAAUGUACAGAACAUAUUUUUAGGAGUUCAUAUCAUGUAGCCACCCAAGUGUGAAAGACUUUUUACGUGUGCUUAUGAAAAUGUCAAUACGUCAGCCGGUGUUCAAUUUCAGUGUUCCCAACCCAUGCAGAGAUCCCACGUCUGCAGAUUAUCUAAUGUAACACAGCUUUUGUUGGCAGAUAAGUGCAGCCCAAUAGUCGAUGAUGUUGCAGAACCGUUUUGAGGACAAAUAGGUGUCCACAAGGACUCAACUGUGUUAGAUCCCAGCACCCCAUGAAGACCUAGAUGAAGUGAACUUUGCUGGUGGUCUUCAAAAAUAUCACACCAUGAAGUCUCCCAGACCAUACCUUCCACCACUCGGGAUGUGUGCCGAAGCUCUAGGCUGUCAUUCAUAAACGGCCAUAUAUAAGAUGCACCUGUUGCCAAUAAGGUCUUUCAGGGUUCCUUGAGAACCAGGGCAGUUUGGGGGUUUGCUUUAGUCAUGGUGCAUCGCUGACGGCAAUAAACUUUGAUUGUUGACAUUGGAUUAGGCAACGCAAACCCCGGCCAAAGAUUUGAAGGUUAUCUCAAGGACAAAGGAAAUAUUUUGGGGUACAGUAAGUGAACAUGGUAAAAAAAAAUGCUACUCAAGUCCUCUUUUAUGGAUCCAACCAGCUUCCAUAGAAAUAUUGUGUGUGGAGUCAUCCUAUGAAUGAAUAUAUAUUGUUACAGGUGAUAUCACUAUUUGAUACAAGUGAUGGGGAUUGAGUUUUUUUUUAAUCUUUUUGGUUAUAGCCAUAUAGACGACCACCAUGUUCCACCUACUCUUUAGAGGUGGCAAUACUGUAAAAUCCAGACUGGAUACAUUUGUUUGGGCAAUACAAUUCAUCCGUGUUGGUUAUAAAAAAGAGCGUUGGGCUAAACAGCAUCCAAAAACAUUUCAAACUACGGCAGUGUUCUCGUUAUGCAAAAAAAUAAAUAAACUGUAUUUGUGCUGAUCAUUU